UAUACUGAGCUUUUUUUCAAUAAUCUAUUGUUGCGCAAUACAUGGCAAUCUCUUAUUUUCUAGGUAGUUCCGAUGAGCAUCUAUUUCACCGAAAUUUAUUUGCACUGUAAUGGAGCGAAAAAUUCUUUUGACUCCGUGGUAACCGGUUGCGCAGCUUCGUUAGCCCUUACAAGGCUAAUUGCACCUCGUAUUCACCGAGAGGAAUUACUCGAGAUAGUCACUUCCAUGAUAGACGAUUGGGUUGUGCAGAAGGAUAAAAAAGUUCGCUGGAUCAUGAAGAAAUACGCAACAAUGUCGACACGCGUGACGGUGCUUACCUUCAUUCUGGUGGCUAUUAUAGUAGGUGGUUACGCCGUUAUGGCGAUAACAGCGGUUACCGCGAAAACGGGUCAGCUUGAUAAUGAGAUCAAUGUAAACGUGAGCCACGAGAACGGAAGUCAGCCUUGCAUGUUUCGGAGCGCGUCGUCGCAUCAGGCGCUCAUAGUCAUUCAGGCGAUGCAGAUGUUCACCACCGGUAUAUUAACCUUCGGCACCACCAGUUUCUUCUUUGGACUGACCAUGCAUCUGUGCGCCCAAUUUGAUGCGUUGAGUCUCAAGAUAUCCGAAUUCAGAGUUAGCGAGGCGCGUCGCGUGAUAGCCGAAGCGGUCCAGAGGCAUUGUCAUCUUAUCCGACUGGCCGAGUGCAUGGAGGAGUCAUUUAAUGCGAGCGUUUUGAUAUAUUUGUUCGUUACCAGCACUCUCAUGUGUGUAGAGGGGUACAUAUUAAUCGCAUCGUUACCUAUCGGCAAUCUACGUCUAAUUAUACAUAGCAUUAGUGUCUUACUUCUUAUGCUGAUCCAAUUGUCGUUCUACACGUUCGCUGGUGAUUACUUGGAGAUGAGAAGUACCGCAUUGUCUUAUGCCACUUACGAUUGCGAUUGGUAUGAUCUGCCAGCUAGUAUAGCCAAGGAUUUCCAGAUUAUUCUAAUGCGAGCCAGUAUUCCUCAUCAAUUGACGGCCGGGAAAUUCGUGGUCAUGAACAUGAUCACGUUUAAAGAUAUCUUAAAGUCCACGGCGUCGUAUCUUUCGGUCUUGCGUGUCAUGUUAGGUGAAUAAUAUAUAUUAUCCAGUUGUUGAAGUUGCGCAAUGUUGUCGAUUACAUCCCGUCGCGAUAGUAAGCUUUCAUAAAGUUUGUAGAUUAAUUUGAAAUAAUUUAGAGUGAAGUUUUUAGUCGUAUCUUAAUUUUAGAGAGAUGUGCAUGGGAUGUCACGAUAUUUUGAUAUAAAAGUUUCCAGUUUUCCUUCAACAGUACACGAUACUUUAUACAUCCCUUGUCUUUUCCAUCCCCUUUCAGUUACUUCCACGACACAGAACGAUAGACUAACGUUUCAUGCUACAUACAAAAUCAUAUGAUGCCAUACGUUACC